AUGGCUGAUUGGUCUAACUUACCAGAGGAGCUCCUAUUCUCGAUCGCUGUUCAGUUGUUCUCGGUUGUCGAACUACAACGUUUCAGAAGCAUAUGCAGAUCUUGGCGCUCCUCCGUUUCGGGCAACAACAAUCUUUUCCCAAACCGCCCUCUCAUCUUGAUCAAUCUCACCCAAUGGUUCGGCUUUGUCAACCUAUUUCUGUCACGUGCCGCCUUUUUCCGCGUUGCUCUCUCCUCCUCCCCGAGCCAAGGCUGGCUUAUCAAAUCCGACAUGGACAUCAACUCCAGAAAAUUCCGUCUCAUCGACCAGUUCUCGCGCCUUCCAAUGAGAUAUUUUCUUCCGGGCGUUAAUCUUCUGAAGUUUACUUUCUCUGAGAUUGGAGAAACUUAUGAGCUUCAAGACCGGCACACGAGAGAUACAUUUUUAUCCAGAAAAGUGGUGCUUGUCAAAGUUGUGGAAGGAGAAGCUCAGCAUAAUAAUAUUCUUGGACUCAGCCGCCAAGGGAAGAUCACGCAUUGGGAUGGAAAUAACUGGAGAAAACUCACAAAAAUGGAUCUGAAAACUGAUCACACUUUUUUCUGUGAUCAUUUUUCUGACAUUAUAGUUCACAAAGGACUAACUUACGCCUUGGAUACACGAGGCACUGUUUGGUGGAUCAGUUCCGGUCUUGAAAUAUGUAUGUACGUCGGGCUUCCACUCGGUGAUAACAUCAGCCUUCCCGAAGACAAGAGCUUUGUUGAAUGCCGCGGAGAGCUUUACAUUGUCGACCGCCUUCGUGAGAGAAAACCUUACGUCUAUGUUCCGAAUCCUAAAACAACUGAUUUUAAGAUUUAUAAGUUUGAUGAAGAAUUGGGAAAAAUGAUUGAGGUCCAGUCCUUGGGAGACAAUGCAUUUGUGAUGGCUACCGAUACUUCUUUCUCGGUUUUGGCUCAGGAGUAUUACGGAUGUCUCCAGAAUUCUAUAUACUUCAAAGAUGCCGAGGAAGAUCAGAUGAAAGUGUUUAAGCUAGAAAAUGGUAGCAUUACAACAAUGUCCCAACCUCCUCAGAGUUGUUUUCAAAUGUUUGUUCCUACCUUUCUAUGA